AAGAAAGUGAUAAAUGCAAAUUCAUUUAUUUUUGCUCCAGCAACGGUGCAGAGCGGACAUUCUUAGUUGUUCGAGUUUGACAAUGAAGACGCCUUUCUCUGCUGUCGUUCUUCUUUUUCUUCAUCAGGUUUUCUUCACCUCGGCUAGUGAUAUGCAGAUAGGCGACAGGUCUAGAUGGAUGUCUUUCGGUGCUGAACUCGAGGAAGUAACUUUCACAGACAGGCAAAUGCGUCUAGCUGCUGUGUGUGAUUAUGGGGCACAAAUGGAUGGUGGGUGUUGCUCAACGUCUGACUACAUUCCGAUUAAUCCAACGAAGGGUUAUGAAUUCAGCAUCUACAUCAAAUCGACGGUAUCUGACAUGGUAAACUCGUUUGGUUUCUACGUUUACAAUAAGAACAAAGAAAGAAUAUUGAAUCCUAACUUGCGUGAUCCAUAUUUCAAAAACAGUAGUAGCGAUUCAAAUGUGUGGACCAAAUGGACAGGGUACAUUCUUCCUCUCUACAUGUCCGACUCGAACAGUGACAGCCAACCGGAUUCUCAGUUUGAUGAGACAAACGGAGUAGAUUGGAAGUGGCCACGUUAUGCUAAAUAUGUUGCCUUGCGAUUUGGAUCCUGUGGUAGUGACAGUAAAAAAUCAAGAAAGGUUCUCGCUCGUAGGCACAGUGUGACAACUGUGUCAACGUCUAGUAAUUCAGACUCUGUUGAGCCUACAAAAGAUGUAGAUGUUGAGCCCACAAAAGAUGUAGAUGUUGAGCCCACAAAAGAUGUAGAUGUUGAGUCCACAAAAGAUGUAGAUGUUGAGCCCACAAAAGAUGUAGAUGUUGAGCCCACCAGCGACGAUACGGCGUCUGGUUCUCCUAAGGAUUUCUUAGAGGUACUUGCUACAGAUGAAAGUAACACUGUACCUUCUAUACCAGCUGUAAACAAGACGUGGUACUUGAAUCUCAGCUUUCGCGAAUUCGAGACUCCACAGCAUCCUGAACAUGUUGUCUGGACCUUUAACAUAUCUGACUUCCGUGAAUGGGAAUCGAAACCAAAUGACACUAAAGCAAAUGCUGCUAUAGCCAAGAUGGUUGAGGGGAAAGAGGAAAAAUGUUAUUAUCCGUGGGGCAUUACACAUCGUUUUAACAUUGAUUCAAGCAAAUCAUAUGAGUUUAGUGUUUAUAUCAAAAGCACACAACUCGAUCUUCACAACCUUUUUGGUUUUCGAGUGUAUGACAAAGACAAAAAUGUUCUGACCUUCCCAUUACUUCCAAGUGACUAUCUGCAGUAUUAUUCUAAUGUCACAACCAAACCGUAUUUCAAAAGAAGUAACAAUGAUACAAAUGAGUGGACAAGAUGGAAUGGAUUUGUACUUCCAGACGGAGCUGAUGACAUUUUUUCCCACCUCAGAGGACGAAACUGGGUGUGGCCACGAGGUGCCAAAUAUGCGCAGUUGAGGUUUGGCACUUGCUAUGGCAAAGGAAACGAUCAAGGCAUCACCUAUUUCGCUCUUCCUCUAAUGGUGCAGACUGAUUUCUAGUCAUAGAAUGUCAUGUACUUGUGUCGUUUCAGACGAACCAACAGCUAAUUAGAUACGUAUAUGUAGAGCGAAUCUGAAAUCGCGCCUUUGCAUGCACGUUUUCGAAUGCGAUUCUGCAUGCUGUCUCCUGAACGCGUUUGUCGACUAUUAGUUGCUGAAUACUUUCUGCAUAAACGAAUGAUCAAA